UUGAGCAAAGAGACGACGACUGUCCGAGUCGACUCUGUUUCUUACCUUCUUGGACUGGAAAUUGAUAGAUUCGACAGCCGAGCAUCAGAUCAGAUUUUUAGCAAGAAAAAAGUUCGAGGGUGGCGUCGAGUGAACGCUAAAUCCGAAACAAAAGAGGCGAGGUCCACUGAGGACGGCUCUCGGGAAGAGCUGAAGGUUACUUUGCCCGCCGGAAUUUUGAGCAUCUGGAUUUCAUUCACCGUUGUCGGAAUCAAUGGUGCGGUUAUUCUUUUCCGUCUCUUUCUCUUGUCGUUCCUAAUUUCCGUCCCGUCAUUUAGCGAACUGGGAACUUUCAUGGCUGACCCGGAGCUGGAAGCGAUCAGGCAGAGAAGGAUGCAGGAGCUAAUGGCUCAACGUGGUGGUGGCGGCGGCGGGGCGGCAAGUCAACCGAACCCUGAACAGCAGAAUGCUCAAGAAGAUGCUAAGAGAGAGGCUGAGGAGCGUAGGCAGAUGAUGCUGAGCCAGAUAUUGUCUGCUCAAGCUCGGGAAAGGAUUGCAAGAAUUGCAUUGGUUAAGCCUGAAAAGGCUAGAGGUGUUGAAGAUGUUAUACUUCGAGCGGCUCAAAUGGGUCAGAUUGUUGAGAAGGUAUCAGAAGAGAGGCUGAUUUCACUGCUAGAACAGAUAAACACCCAAACAUCCAAACAAACCAAAGUCACAAUCCAGAGGCGUCGUAGUGUUCUGGACGAUGAUGACUGAAAUAUGAAGAUCUCUUUCUGGGAUGCAUCUAUACAGCGUGUUUCGGUGAGUUGCAGAUUCAUGAUCAAGGGGCUUUAUCUUGCAGAGUUGUGAGAUAAGUCAUAUCUGUAUUUUUACCAUGCAAGAAGCACACGUUAUCAAGUCUCCCCAUUUGAUCUAGAGAGUUGUCUCAGUAGUAAUGUAUGGCGUCGUUCCUAAUGGUAUUUGCAGCCACGUAAUUGAUGGCCAUUGGAUUAUGUUUCCUUAUCCGUGGAAUUAUACAUCUUUAUCAACCGUAUCUUUAUGGCAUCUUCUGGCGUCUUGUUCAUGUAUUUCCCUGCCUGAGUCUCCCUGACUAGGAAAUAGGAAUGGACAAGAAGUCAAGGUCAGUCCGUCCAAGAGAAAUGGCUUGAGGGUGCUUGUUUGUCCCAUACUGCUGUGCAGCAUAGUGAAUAAGCGUUCAUAGGAGCACCCCAGAUUUUACUGAGUGUAAAUAAUCCUUGUCCCUAAGUGUAAAAAAUCCAUUUCCAGCUCGAUGGAAAAGUAGUGUUAAUAAUCAGCUGAUCCCAAUAAUUCGAGUGGUUGGGUGAGGCAUAUACCAUGUACUAACAAGUAGAAGGUGGAGUAGCAUAGACAUAUGCUUCUGUCUGUCACGUUCAACAACUAAUUUGGACUGUCGGCAUGAACAACGAAGAUGUCGUGGGAUGUAUUGUUUGUUUUUUGGUUAUGGAUGGUCAUGUUCUCCUUAUGUUUCUUAUGAAAAGAGUACAUUCAACAGGUAAAUCCAUUGUUUGGACUUUGGACUAUGAAAAGAAGACAGGUA